GCCACGGGUCCGGGCCCCCGGCGGAGGCCGGUUACGCCCGCCGCCAAGCGCCACCGCUGCCCCUUCCCGGGCUGCAACAAAGCCUAUUACAAGUCGUCUCAUCUGAAGUCCCACCAGCGUACCCACACGGGGGAGCGCCCCUUCUCCUGCGACUGGCUCGACUGCGACAAGAAGUUCACGCGCUCCGACGAGCUGGCCCGCCACUACAGGACGCACACUGGCGAGAAGCGCUUCUCCUGCCCCCUCUGCCCCAAGCAGUUCUCCCGGAGCGACCACUUGACCAAGCAUGCCCGCCGCCACCCAGCCUAUCAUCCCGACAUGAUCGAGUACCGGGGGCGCCGUCGCACACCCCGAGUCCACGUGCAACCCGCCAGCCUGGUGGACAGCUCCAGCUCCGUCCCCGGCCAGGCGCCCAGCCUUACCACCAGCUUGUCUGACAGUCAUUGCUGCUAG